GGGUCCGUCCCUCCACGGCGCGCGCGGGCGGGGAGCGCGGGGACCUAACGCCAGGCGCGUCCGGGAGGACGGCCCAGAGCCCGCAGGCCGCGCAGACCCGGCGCCUCUCCCGCGGACAGAGGCCUCGGCAGCGGCUGGCUCCGCCCCGGCCGCCGUCUGCGCGGUCCCUGUCCUUCCCCGGCCCCCGCGCCCCCCGCCCCUAUGGAGCAGCUGCUGCGCGCGGAGCUGCGCACCGCGACCCUGCGGGCCUUCGGGAGCCCCGGGGCCGGCUGCAUCAGCGAGGGGCGUGCCUACGACACGGACGCGGGCCCGGUGUUCGUCAAGGUCAACCGCCGGACGCAGGCCCGGCAGAUGUUUGAGGGAGAGAUGGCGAGCCUGGAAGCCCUCCAGACCACAGGCCUGGUGCGAGUACCUCGGCCCAUCAAGGUGAUUGACCUGCCUGGAGGUGGGGCUGCCUUUGUGAUGGAGCAUCUGAAGAUGAGGAGCUUAAGCAGUCAGGCAUCAAAACUCGGAGACCAGAUGGCGGACCUGCACCUUCACAACCAGAAGCUCAGGGAUAAGUCAAAGGAGGAGGAGAACACAGUGGGCUGGAGGGUUGAGGGGGCUGAGCCCCGGUAUGUGACCAAGUUUGGCUUCCACACGGUGACGUGCUGUGGCUUCAUCCCUCAGGUGAAUGAGUGGCAGGAAGACUGGCCCACCUUCUUUGCCCGGUACCGUCUCCAAGCGCAGCUGGACCUCAUUGAGAAGGACUACGCCGACCGAGAGGCACGAGAGCUCUGGUCACAGCUACAGGUGAAGAUCCCAGAUCUGUUUUGUGGUCUAGAGAUCGUCCCUGCCCUUCUUCAUGGGGAUCUCUGGUCAGGAAACGUGGCUGAGGACGACUCGGGGCCCGUUGUUUAUGACCCAGCUUCCUUCUAUGGACAUUCUGAGUUUGAACUGGCAAUUGCUUUGAUGUUUGGGGGGUUUCCCAGAUCCUUCUUCACUGCCUACCACCGGAAGAUCCCCAAGGCUCCAGGGUUCGACAAGCGACUGCUGCUGUACCAGCUCUUUAACUACCUAAACCACUGGAACCACUUUGGGCAGGGGUACAGGAGCCCAUCCCUGGGCACGAUGAGGAAGCUUCUCAAGUAGAAGCCAGGCUGCAUCCCUGCCUCCCUGCUUUGCAAAUAAGUAGGGGUGGCAACACCAGAGAUGGCUUCAGGGACUAAUAAAGUAGGAGGUUCAGGGAUGG